AUGAGCACCAGCGAGGCAGAGGCGGCCGUGGCCUCCAAGGGCAUCACCGUCGUGGAAGACGCAGCCAAGCGCCAUGCGGAGCUAUUCGCCGAGUUCCCAGAGUUCGAGGUCAAGAAAGUGUCAAGUCAGGAGCGCGAGAAGAAGGAACUGGCCAACCGCUCGCUGGUCUACGGGGAGAUCCCGUUCGAGACGGUGGACGCCAUUUUUCAACUGAUGAGGAUGCAGUUCGGCGUGCUGCUGGAUAAAGGAGGAAACUUCUACGACAUCGGCUCGGGCUGUGGUAAAGUGGUGAUGGCAGCGGCGUUGCUGCACGACUUUUCCAAGUGCUGCGGCAUUGAGGUGCUGGAUGGACUGCACGCAGUGGCGCUGAAGGUUUUGGAUCGGUGGCGGUUUGAGAUUCUGGACUCCCUACCAGCGACCAAGGCUGACGUAGAUGUGGGCUUUGUCAAGGGCGACGCUGUCAAGCGGCCCGAUAUCUGGCGAGAUGCCACUCUGGUGUUUUGUAACUCGACAUGCUUCAGCGACAGCCUCAUUCAAGCAAUCUCAACGGAAGCAGAUCAAUUAGCUGUGGGCAGCUAUUUCGUGACCGUGACCAAGCCCUUGCCGUCGACGCGGUGGCAAGCGAUGCAUGAAGAGAAAUUCCACAUGAGCUGGGGGCGCGCUACUGUUAUUGUCCAGAAGAAAAUGUUCUAG